AUGGGUGGUGGUCCGGGGGCUGGUCCUGAACCUUCACAGCCAGAGGAGAUGAAUGGAUCUUGGGGGGACCUUGAUACACCGCCGGGCACCAGAGCACCGGAGGACACGGAGCUCAAGACAACACACGCCCACAGGGAGAGAUUAAUCGAGCCGGUCUUCAAACGCCACAGAGAUUUACAUACACAAAAUGAGGUGACGUCACCUCGACUCAAACGAGCUGAUCCAGAGUCUGCCCCUCUGCCUGUGAGCCCGCCUCCCCCCCCCUCACCCACCCGCCUCCCCCACCCUCACCCGCCUCCCCCCCCCCCACCCGCCUCCCCCCGCCUCCCCCCGCCCUCACCCUCCUCCCCCCCGCCCUCACCCGCCUCCCCCCGCCCUCACCCGCCUCCCCCGCCUCCCCCCGCCCUCACCCGCCUCCCCCCCGCCCUCACCCGCCCUCACCCGCCUCCCCCCGCCCUCACCCGCCUCCCCCCGCCCUCACCCGCCUCCCCCCGCCUCCCCCCGCCCUCACCCGCCUCCCCCCCCUCCCCCCCGCCCUCACCCGCCCUCACCCGCCUCCCCCCCGCCUCCCCCCCCCCUCACCCGCCUCCCCCCCGCCCUCACCCGCCUCCCCCCCCCCUCACCCCCCCUCACCCGCCUCCCCCCCGCCCCCCCCCCCCCCCCCCCCGCCCUCACCCGCCUCCCCCCCGCCCUCCCCGCCUCCCCCCGCCCUCACCCGCCUCCCCCCCCCCGCCCUCACCCGCCCUCACCCGCCUCCCCCCCCCCCCUCACCCGCCCUCACCCCGCCCUCACCCGCCUCCCCCCGCCCUCACCCGCCUCCCCCCGCCUCCCCCCGCCCUCACCCUCCCCCCCCCGCCCUCACCCGCCUCCCCCCGCCCUCACCCGCCUCCCCCGCCUCCCCCCGCCCUCACCCGCCUCCCCCCCCCCUCACCCGCCCUCACCCGCCUCCCCCACCCUCACCCGCCUCCCCCCCGCCCUCACCCGCCUCCCCCCGCCCUCACCCGCCUCCCCCACCCUCACCCGCCUCCCCCCCGCCCUCACCCCCCUCCCCCCGCCCUCACCCGCCUCCCCCGCCUCCCCCCGCCCUCACCCGCCUCCCCCCCGCCCUCACCCCCCUCCCCCACCCUCACCCGCCUUUUACCGUGGGAAUAA